CAGAGAAGAGAAUAGAAUAAAAUAGAACAAACAAGAAAGCGAGAGAAAGGACCAACAAUCAAUAAUCCAAACCCCAUUUUCCUUUUUCUCGCUUUCUUAAAUUCUUUCUCAUUCCCCUCUCUGCAAUACAUAUUCAUUAUUCUUUCAUUCUUUCAUUUAUUUAUUCAUUCAUUCAUUAAUUAAUUAUUAGUUGUUUCUUUUUGUUUUGUUUUUUCAUUCCUAACUCUCUGAAUUUUGCUAUUUUUCUCCGAAAAGCUCAAGCUUGUUUUCCUCUUACAUUGUCUUUUGUCUUUGUUUUGAUCCACGUACAUUAUUUUUGAAUUCAUUGCUGGCUCUCCCAGCGGUUUUUGGAUUCUUUUUUUCAUUUUUCCUGUUUGAGUUUAUACUCCGAGGCAUAGUUAUUAUGACGACGGAGGAAGCUGUGCCAUUCAAUACUGUAUCCGUUGUGGAAGACAUUCUUCAGCAGCGCGGCGGCCACUUCGACGGCAAGUUGGCGUCACGGCGAGACGAAGAAGCAUCGGUGAGAAGAAAUGAAGCUACUGAAUGGAUGCGUAAAACACUUGGAGUAGUCGCAGGGAGAGACUUGCCAGCAGAGCCUUCUGAGGAAGAUUUCAGGGUUGCCUUGCGAACCGGUAUUAUCCUCUGCAAUGUUCUCAACAAAGUUGUACCCGGUUCAAUUCCUAAGAUAAUUCAAGCCCCCAAGGAUUCUGUUCUAGUGACUGAUGGAGGAGCACCGAUUGUGUUUCAGUAUGUUGAAAAUGUGAAGAGUUUUAUUGAAGCUGUGGGAGAAAUGGGGAUUCCCACCUUUGAAGCUUCCGAUAUGGAAAAGGGUGGAAAUUUAUCAAGGGUGGUGAGUUGUUUGUUAGAGCUCAAAUCCUAUGCGGAAUGGGUACAGGGAGGGAAAAUUGGGUCAUGGAAAUUGGCUGGCCUUCCAAAUUCAAAACCACCCUUGAUGAAAACCCUUCUAAGAAGAAACUCUGAACCAUCCAUGAUGAAAUCCAUGGGGAACACAUUAGGGGAGAAAGAUUCUUCUGCUACUGACAAUGAUCCCAAGUCUAACCUCAUCCAGAUGAAUUCAACCUAUCCUUCUUUAAUUUCAUUAGUUCGUGAGCAUUUGUCAAAUAAGAGGACAGAAGAAAUUCCUUUUGUAGUUGAAUCCCUGCUCAGUCAAGUCAUGAAUGAGUUUGAACAUCGAUUGCUUGAACAACAUGAAAGGAUUAGAACAAUUCAACAAGAAAAAGUAUCAUCAUGUAAACCAGAUGAAGAUCGAUUGCCUGAACGACAAGAAACGCAGGUUAAAACAAUCCAACAAGAAAAAGUAUCAUCAUCUAAACCAGAUGAAGAAAGAUUGCCUGAACGACAAGAAACGCAGGUUAGAGAAAUUCAACAAGAAACAGCAUCACCAUUCAACCCAGAUAAACAGCGACUCAUUGAACAACAAGAAGCGAAGCUUAGAGAAAUUCAAGAGCAGCUUAGAGCAGCUCAACAAGAGCAGCUUAGAGCAGCUCAACAAGAGCAGCUUAGAGCAGCUCAACAAGAGCAGCUUAAAGCAAUUCAACAAGAACAGCUUAGAGCAAUUCAACAAGAUAAAGUAUCAUCAUCUAAACCAGAACCUUUGGUUUCAAAAGCUGCUCCUAUUGACGAAGAGAUGGAAGAAAAGGAAGAGAAGAUAGAUACAAAAGAAGAAACAAUGGAAGAAAUGAUGGAAGAAACACAGGCCGAAGAGGUUGAGAUGGAAGAAGAGGAGGAAGAAAUAGAUGAGAUGGAAGAAAAGGGAGAAGAAACAAAAGAUCUAGAUCUUCCUCGGGACAAUGGACCAAGCCUCGAGUUCUUAAGACAACAAGAGAAUAUCCGAAAAGAAGAGUUACUCCGACAAGAAGAGAUAAUCCGACAAGAGAGAGCUCGACAUGAAGAGAUAAUCCGAGAAGGGGAGAGACUCCGACAAGAAGAGUUACUCCGACAAGAAGAGAUAAUCCGACAAGGGGAGAGAGCUCGACAAGAAGAGAUAAUUCGACAAGGGGAGAAAGUCCGACAAGAAGAGUUAAUCCGACACGAAGAGAUAAUCCGAGAAGGGGAGAGAGUCCGACAAGAACUAAUCCGAGAAGGGGAGAGAGUCCGACAAGAAGAGUUAAUCCGACAAGAAGAGAUAAUCCGACAAGCGGAGAGAGCUCGACAAGAAGAGAUAAUCCGACAAGGGGAGAAACUCCGAGAAGAAGAGAGAGCUCGACACGAAGAGAUAAUCCGGCAACACGAGAGAACCCUGCAACAAGAGAGAGCUCGGCAAGAAGAGAUGAUCCGGCAACAAGAGAUAGUCCGACAACAAGAAAGAUCCCGACAACAAGCGAUAGUCCAACGACAACAAGCGAUAGUCCAACGACAAAACAAGAGUCUCCAGGAUUUGAAAACUAUAGUCCAUCAAACAAAAUCAGGAGUACAGGCUAUGCACCAGAAGUACCAGGAAGAUUUCCUCGUACUAUGCAAGCAUGUGCGUAGCUUAGUUUCUGCUGCUGCAGGAUAUCAGAAAGUUCUUGAGGAGAACCGUAAGUUAUAUAAUCAAGUGCAGGAUCUGAAAGGGAAUAUUAGGGUGUACUGCAGAGUUAGACCCUUCUUGGGCGCUCCAUCGCCCAAUCAGAGUGUCGGUAGUAUUGAUGACGGAAGUAUCUCAAUCUUAACACCUUCAAAUUAUGGGAAAGAGGGGAAGAAGACAUUCAAUUUUAACAAAUGUUUUGGUCCUAGUGCAACACAAUCACAAGUUUUCGCCGACACACAACCUCUGAUUCGGUCAGUGUUGGAUGGAUACAAUGUCUGCAUAUUUGCCUAUGGCCAAACAGGAUCAGGAAAAACAUUCACUAUGUCUGGGCCAGACGAUCUUACCGAGGAAACCAUGGGUGUCAACUACCGUGCCCUGAAUGAUCUUUUCCUACUUCAGGAUCAGAGGAAGGACACCAUUAUCUAUGAGAUUGGUGUUCAGAUGCUUGAGAUUUACAAUGAGCAAGUCAGAGAUCUACUAUGCACAGAUGGAGCUACCAAAAAAUUAGAAAUUCGCAACCGUUCCCAGAACGGACUCAAUGUGCCUGAUGCCAACCUUGUUCCUGUUGCAACAACUGCUGAUGUCAUAAACUUGAUGAACUUGGGAAACAAGAAUCGAGCUGUUGGUUCUACUGCCAUGAACUCUCGUAGUAGCCGUUCUCACAGUUGCCUAACAGUUCAUGUUCAAGGAAAAUACCUGACAUCGCCGAAAACCAUUCAUGCUAGCUUGCAUCUGGUUGAUCUAGCAGGAAGCGAAAGGGCUGAUAAAACUGAAGCUACUGGAGAUAGGCUCAAGGAAGCUCAGUAUAUCAACAAGUCACUUUCUGCCUUGGGAGAUGUUAUCUCUUCCCUUGCUGCAAAGAGUUCCCAUGUUCCCUACAGGAACAGCAAACUCACCCAACUGCUUCAAGAUUCUCUUGGUGGGCAAGCAAAGACACUAAUGUUUGUUCAUAUUAGUCCUGAGCCUGAUGCAGUUGGAGAAACACUUAGUACACUUAAGUUUGCAGAACGUGUUGCCACUGUUGAACUUGGUGCUGCUAAAGCUAACAAUGCUGGUGAUAAUAAAGCUGGUGGUAAUAACACUAAUACUAGUGGUGGUAGCAGUAAAGAUGGUGCUGAUGUCAAAGAUCUCAAAGACCAGAUUGCUAGCUUGAAGGCAGCCUUAGCAAGGAAGGAUGCAGAACUAGAACAAUAUCAAGGCAUGAACCUUGAUGGAGCAAAGUUGAAUAAAUCUCAUGGAUCCACUCCUUCACUACGUAAUUUGGGUUCUACUGGAGGUGCUAGGAAGCUGCCAAGAGAUGAUUCUGCUAACUCAGAGGGCCAAAACCAGGACGAAUCGAAGCUGAAAAGAAGAAGCUUAGAUUACGAGGACAUGGAAACUGGGUAUGAAAAUUCUGGGGACUGGAUGAACAACCAUAAUAAUAAGAUGGCAAUGGCGAUGGCAAUGAAGAGGAAUGAUAGCUUAACUAGUAAUGAUAGCCUAGUGGCACAAUGGGAAGCAGAUAACAAACCAUCAUCUCCAUCUUCUAGUCCAACUUCAUAUGAUUAUGAUGAUGAUAUGGCAACCAAUGAUAAUUCAUCUGAGGCAUCAGACAUGAACUGGCAACCAACACCUAAAUCAACCUCCUCCACUCCUUCAAACGCCUCAUCAAGCCUUAAACCAAAGAAAACAACAACUACUACUCCUCUUAAACCAACAAAGACCGUGGACAGGAGUCCUGCAUCAUCAGCUCCCGCACCAGCAGCAAGGAAACCAGCAGCAGCAGUAGGUAGUCAAGUAAAAAAGGUUGCAGCGACUGAUGUAAAGAAAAGAAUUGGGGGUGCCAAGUGAAAAAGUUGUUACAAUUAUUAAUGCCAAUUCAUGUUUUCUUGCUCCACUACUGCAUGUAUUUAAAAUUUUUGUGAAGGGAAGAGAGAGUGGUUUUUGUAUGUCUAUGUAUGUAUAUUAUUCUUUGCAGCGUUACAAUGCGUAAGUUGGUGCCAAAAUUAUAUGAAAAGAUAUGGUGU